AUGGGGCGCCACCAGGGUGAAGACGACCUUCCAGACCGUAUUGAGAGCAAACCCCACGCCGCCCACAAGUUGGUCGACUACGCCAGCGGGUUUAUCCUCCCCGUCUAUGGCAAGAUCACCGUUACCCUCCAGAAAGAUGGAAAAGCCCUACAGAUGCGGUACAUGACGGUGGAUAGUCGACUGGGGUAUUAUCAUUACGAGUCGUUCAAGGGCCGUGUGCACGAUUUCGUGGUGAAGGGGUAUGUAUUCUUGACGUUUGUCAUGGGCGCCGAUGAUGAUGUCGAGACGGCAGAAGCGGUCCUUCCUGGGGGAACUGUCCCUUUGAAACUCAAGAAGACCGAGGCUGGUGCUGCGCCAAAGGAAGAGUAG